CGUCCCGUCACUAUUCAUCCAACAUUGGACCAACCAGUAGACCGCGCUCGUGAUUGUGCACAUUUGAGACUGUUUGAUACUUGUCAACGGUGACUCCGAGGGAGGAAUGCUCGUUCGAUCUAUCACGACGAGGAAAUUCCGUUGCUGAGGACGAAUAAACAGUGUAGAACUUGUUAAGUGUAAUACGUCAGGAUGGACAGGCUGUUGCGACUGGGCGGUGGGAUGCCAGGCCUAAAUCAAGGGCCACCUCCUUCCGACGCACCUGUUGUGGACACAGCUGAACAGGUGUACAUAUCAUCCUUGGCUCUUUUAAAAAUGCUCAAGCACGGUCGUGCUGGAGUACCGAUGGAAGUGAUGGGUUUGAUGCUGGGUGAAUUCGUUGACGAUUACACCGUACGCGUUAUCGACGUCUUUGCUAUGCCACAAACGGGAACGGGUGUCAGUGUAGAAGCAGUAGAUCCAGUGUUCCAGGCAAAGAUGUUAGACAUGCUGAAACAGACUGGCCGACCGGAAAUGGUGGUUGGCUGGUACCAUUCUCAUCCAGGAUUCGGCUGCUGGCUGUCUGGAGUGGAUAUCAACACUCAACAGUCUUUCGAGGCUCUCAGCGAAAGAGCGGUGGCCGUUGUCAUUGAUCCUAUACAAUCGGUGAAGGGAAAAGUUGUUAUUGAUGCAUUUAGACUAAUCAAUCCAAACAUGAUGGUUUUGGGACAAGAACCCAGGCAAACGACAUCGAAUCUAGGUCACCUACAAAAACCAUCUGUUCAAGCGUUGAUACACGGGUUGAAUCGGCAUUAUUAUAGUAUUAGUAUUAAUUAUCGCAAGAACGAAUUGGAGCAGAAAAUGUUGCUCAACCUGCAUAAGAAAACCUGGAUGGACGGUCUUACCCUUGCCGAAUACUCGGAGCACAGUCGACUCAAUGAGAAUAUCGUUUCCGAGAUGCUUGAACUCGCGAAGAACUAUAACAAGGCCUUGGAGGAGGAGGAAAAGAUGACACCCGAACAAUUAGCGAUAAAAAAUGUGGGCAAGCAAGAUCCGAAACGGCAUUUGGAAGAGAAAGUCGACACGCUAAUGGCUACAAAUAUUGUUCAGUGCUUAGGAGCUAUGCUCGAUACAGUUGUAUUCAAAUAAAUGUUUUCUGAUACACACGCAAUAUGAUAUUUAAAGGAAAUAUACAUCUUUUUAAAAUAGAAA